UAUCAUCAAUUUAUUAAUGGCUAGUCAAAUAUAUGGUAUUUCUUCAUCCAAUGCAUCACUAUUCAGAGAUGAAUCUUGUUCAGUAAUCUCCUUUUCUUCUACUUCUAAGCUCAACACCAAUCUUUCAAUCAAAUUCUUGGAGACAAAAAGGUGUCAUAAGUCGUCUACCAUUUGUUCAGCCGUAAUAUUCGAAAGCAAUUCUGAUCAAAUUGAACUUGAUAUAACCUUAAGCCCUAGAGUUAACGCCAUACAGCCUUUGAGAACCCUGGCUAUUACCGACAAAGCUACUGCUCUUGUCGAAGCUGGUGUUCCUGUCAUUCGUUUAGCUCUUGGAGAACCAGAUUUUGACACCCCAGCUGUUAUUGUUGAGGCAGGAAUAAAUGCAAUUCGCGAAGGUUACACAAGGUAUACUCCUAAUGCGGGUACCUUUGAACUAAGGACAGCUAUAUGUAAGAAAUUAAAGGAGGAGAAUGGUAUUUCUUACACACCUGACCAGGUUGUCAUUAGUAACGGGGCAAACCAGAGUAUGCUGCAAGCAAUCCUUGCCGUUUGUUCUCCAGGAGACGAGGUUAUAAUUCCAGCUCCAUAUUAUGUGAGUUACCCUGAAAUGGCAAGGUUGGCUGACGCAACACCCGUGAUUCUUCCUGCAAGCAUCUCAGAAAACUUUCUGUUAGACCCAAAGCAUCUUGAAUCUAAGCUAUCUGAGAAGUCAAGAUUGCUAAUGCUUUGUUCUCCAUCCAACCCAACAGGGUCGGUUUAUCCUAAGAAAUUGCUUGAAGAGAUUGCUCGAGUUGUUGCAAAGCAUCCAAGACUUUUGGUGCUCUCUGAUGAAAUAUAUGAGCACAUUAUAUAUAAGCCAGCAGUCCACACAAGCUUUGCAUCUUUGCCAGGCAUGUGGGAACGUACAUUGACAGUCAACGGUUUCUCAAAGGCUUUUGCAAUGACUGGUUGGAGACUUGGAUAUAUAGCUGGUCCUAAACACUUUGUUGCUGCAUGUAACAAAGUUCAAAGUCAGUCAACUUCAGGUGCCAGUAGUAUAGCUCAAAAAGCGGCUGUUGCUGCUUUAGGAAUGGGAUACGCAGGUGGAGAAACCGUAGCGCAUAUGGUAAAAGCAUUUCAUGAACGACGAGAUUUUUUGGUCUCGGCUUUCAGGGAACUAGAUGGUGUCAACAUAUCUGAACCUCAGGGUGCUUUCUACCUGUUUCUUGAUUUUAGCUAUUACUACGGCUCAGAGGUUGAUGGCUUUGGUUUGAUCAAGGAUUCAGAGUCGCUGUGUCUGUAUUUUCUGGAAAAGGGGCAGGUUGCUCUUGUCCCUGGUAAUGCAUUCGGCGAUGACACCUGUAUCAGGAUUACAUUCGCUGCAUCCCUCCAGACCCUGCAGACUGCCGCUGAGAGAAUCAAGAUAGCCACUAUUGCUCUUAAGCCCCCUGUAUCUGUUUAAAUCCUCUUCACCUACACGGGCCUUUUUUCAAAGCUGAUUGUUACAAGUAGAAAUAGUCUUUUUUUUUUCUUUUUAAAUAUAUAAUUGUUACAAAUGUUGAACCCUUCUCAA